GCCCACACUUGCCCCCCGGGCUCGGGAGCAUGAAGUAGGGGCCCGCCAUGGGAGCGGGAUCCGCGCGGGGGGCCCGAGGCACAGCGGCAGCAGCGGCGCGCGGGAGGGGGUUUCUCUUCACCUGGAUCUUGGUCUCGUUUGCCUGUCACCUGGCCUCCACCCAAGGAGCUCCUGAAGAUGUGGAUGUCCUCCAGCGGCUGGGCCUCAGCUGGACGAAGGCAGCGAGCGGCCGGAACCCCACACCCCCGGGAGUCAUUCCGUUCCAUUCAGGCUUCAUCUUUACGCAGCGGGCUCGACUCAAGGCCCCCACGGCCACUGUCAUUCCUGCCUCCCUGGGCACAGACCUGGCACUGGUGCUGAGCCUCUGCUCCCACCGGGUGAACCAUGCCUUCCUGUUUGCCGCCCGCAACCGGAAGCACAAGCUGCAGCUGGGCCUGCAGUUCCUCCCUGGCAAGACGGUUGUCCACCUGGGGCCCCGGCACUCUGUGGCCUUUGACCUCGACGUGCACGACGGGCGCUGGCACCACCUGGCCCUCGAGCUCCAAGGCCGCACUGUUACCUUGGUGACAGCCUGCGGGCAGCACCGGGUGUCCCUCCCACUGCCUUUCCACAGGGACCCAGCACUUGACCCCCAGGGCUCCUUCCUCUUUGGGAAGAUGAGCCCACAUGCAGUCCAGUUUGAAGGUGCCCUGUGCCAGUUCAGCAUCUACCCUGUGGCGCGGGUCGCUCACAAUUACUGUACCCAACUGAGAAAGCAGUGUGGACAGGCUGACACAUACCGGUCCCAGCUGGGACCCCUCCUCCCCCAAGACACUGGCCCCCCCUUUGCCCUGCUUGGCCUGGAGAAUCUGACUGCAGCCCUGGGGUCACGGCCACCAGGCCAGAGACCCAGGGUGACUGUAGUGACUGCUAUACCCACCAAGCCUCUGAGGACUCGAACCCUAGACCCUCACCAGCGGGUCACAAUGGGAGGUCCAGCCCGGACCCUACCACCCCCCAGCAAACUGUCAGCCAAGAAAGUGCUUCCUCCUGUACCCCCAACCUCUCCUGCCAGCUCCACCAGACCUGUCCAGUCACUUCAGAAAAGCACAGCUACCAAAAUCCCCAAGAGUCACCCACCCAAGUCUUCAGCCCCUUCUCCUUCAAUUGUGCCUGUCAAAAGCCCCCGUCCUACCCAAAAGGCAGCUUCACCUCCCUUCACCAAGUCAGCCCCACUCAUCAAGAAGCCAGUGCCAUCCCCUUCCCACCUAGUUCCUGCCAAAGCCUCCCGUGCCACAGUGAAGCCCAUCCAGAGGAACUCUGUAACACCCAAACCUCUCCCACCCAGCUCCCAGUCCCUACCUCCAGCCUCCGGCUCCUCUAAGAAGCCCUUUCCCGCAGCGGUCCAGCCUGUGGCUAAGAUGAGUGAGCCGGCCCCUGCCCGUGCCAGCACACACAGACCUCCCCAACCUGCUGCUUUGCCUCCAUCACUUGCCCCCCGUCCUGCCUCCACCAGGACCAUUAGGCCACCAGCCACAGUGAUGUCUCCAACCUCAGAGCCUUCGACCCUUGCUCCGGGUUCAGCCCCCACUGGAAGCAAGAAACCCAUUGGAUCAGAAGCUGCAAAGAAAGACCGACCCAAGAACAACCCCCGGAAGCCUAUACCUCUCAGACCUGGGAAGGCAGCCAGAGAUGUCCCACCGAACCACCUGACAACUGGACCCAGCCCCAGACAGUCCCAGCUCCACCAGCAGACCACCUCGGCCCCAGUCUUGGCCCCAGCACGCUUCCUGUCCUCCAGCCCCCGGCCCACAAGCAGUGGCUAUCCGUUCUUCCACCUGGCGGGGCCCACACCUUUCCCUCUGCUGAUGGGACCUCCAGGGCCCAAGGGAGACUGUGGCUUGCCGGGUCCCCCUGGACUGCCUGGACUUCCUGGACCCCCUGGUUCGAGGGGGCCUCGGGGUCCUCCUGGCCCUUAUGGAAAUCCAGGCCUCCCAGGCCUUCCCGGAGCCAAAGGACAGAAAGGGGACCCGGGGCUCUCACCAGGAAAAGCCCACGAUGGGGCAAAGGGUGAUGUGGGCUUGCCCGGACUCGUUGGGAAUCCAGGGCCUCUUGGCCGAAAGGGGCACAAGGGGUAUCCUGGACCUGCGGGGCACCCUGGAGAACAGGGGCAGCCAGGACCUGAGGGCAGCCCAGGGGCCAAAGGUUACCCUGGCAGGCAGGGGUUACCUGGACCGGUAGGAGAACCUGGCCCCAAAGGCAGCCGGGGCUACAUUGGACUCCCAGGGCUCUACGGCCUGCCAGGUUCCGAUGGAGAAAGAGGUCUGCCUGGCGUUCCUGGCAAGAGGGGCAAGAUGGGUAGGCCGGGAUUUCCCGGAGACUUUGGAGAAAGAGGCCCUCCUGGAUUGGAUGGAAACCCUGGAGAACUCGGCCUCCCAGGGCCCCCAGGAGUCCCUGGACUCAUUGGUGACAUGGGAGCAUUGGGUCCAAUUGGCUACCCAGGACCCAAAGGCAUGAAGGGACUGAUGGGAAACAUGGGGGAGCCCGGACUGAAAGGUGAUAAGGGUGAACAAGGGGUUGCAGGUGUGUCAGGAGACCCUGGAUUCCAAGGAGAUAAGGGGAGCCAGGGAUUGCCGGGGUUCCCAGGAGCACGGGGAAAGCCAGGGCCAUUGGGCAAAGUUGGAGACAAAGGAUCCCUUGGGUUUCCUGGGCCCCCUGGACCCGAGGGAUUCCCUGGUGACAUUGGCCCUCCCGGGGAGAACGGCCCAGAAGGUGUGAAGGGUAAGCCUGGAGCUCGAGGCCUGCCGGGACCCCCUGGGCAGCUGGGGCCUGAGGGAGAUGAGGGACCCAUGGGACCACCAGGGACCCCUGGCUUGGAGGGUCAACCGGGCAGGAAGGGGUUUCCUGGGAGGCCUGGCCCAGACGGUGUGAAGGGGGAGCCAGGAGACCCAGGACGGCCGGGGCCCAUGGGCGAGCAGGGACUUUUGGGAUUCAUUGGUCUGGUCGGGGAGCCAGGAAUCGUGGGAGAAAAGGGUGACCGGGGCAUGAUGGGACCCCCAGGCGCGCCCGGACCCAAGGGGUUGAUGGGUCAUCCUGGAACUCCAGGUGGUGUUGGGGACCCAGGAGAUCCCGGACCCCCGGGUCCUCCAGGAUCUCGAGGCCCACCAGGCAUGCGGGGAGCAAAAGGACGCUGGGGCCCCCGAGGACCAGACGGACCAGCUGGGGAGCAGGGGUCCAAGGGCCUGAAGGGCCCCCCAGGACCACAGGGCAGACCGGGCCAGCCUGGGCAGCAGGGUGCAGCUGGUGAGCGAGGGCAUUCAGGCGCACGAGGCUUUCCCGGCAUUCCUGGUCCGUCAGGGCCCCCAGGCACCAAGGGUCUCCCAGGAGAACCGGGCCCUCAGGGACCACAGGGGCCCAUUGGCCCUCCAGGAGAGAUAGGACCUAAGGGACCUCCAGGUGCUGUGGGAGAACUGGGCCUUCCCGGGGAAGCUGGGAUGAAGGGUGACCUCGGGCGGCUGGGCAGCACUGGAGAGCAGGGCCUCAUUGGGCAGCGGGGAGAGCCAGGCCUUGAGGGUGACAGUGGCCCUGCCGGGCCUGAUGGGCUGAAGGGGGACAGGGGUGACCAUGGGCCUGAUGGUGAACGUGGUGAGAAGGGCCAGGAGGGGCUGAUGGGUGAAGAUGGGCCCCCUGGGCCCCCUGGCAUCCCUGGUGUCCGGGGACCUGAAGGAAAGCCAGGGAAGCAAGGCGAGAAGGGCCGGACUGGAGCCAAGGGUGCCAAGGGCUACCAAGGACAGCUGGGUGAGAUGGGCACCCCUGGAGACCCUGGACCCCCCGGUACCCCAGGUCCUAAAGGUUCCCGGGGCAGCCUGGGGCCAACGGGUGCUCCAGGACGGAUGGGGUCCCAAGGAGAACCUGGACUGGCUGGUUACGAUGGACACAAAGGGGUUGUGGGACCUCUCGGACCUCCUGGACCAAAAGGUGAAAAGGGGGAGCAGGGUGAGGAUGGCCAGGCCGAAGGGCCCCCUGGACCCCCUGGAGAUCGGGGUCCAGUGGGGGAUCGAGGAGACCGCGGGGAACCAGGAGACCCAGGAUACCCUGGACAGGAGGGUGUACAAGGCCUCCGUGGAAGUCCGGGCCAACAGGGCCGGCCUGGGCAUCCAGGACCCCGGGGACGGCCGGGACCCAAAGGAUCCAAAGGGGAUGAGGGACCUAAGGGGAAGCAAGGCAAGGCCGGGGCUCCAGGACGGAGGGGCAUCCAGGGCCUGCAGGGACUGCCGGGCCCCCGGGGCGUGGUGGGGAGACAAGGCCCGGAGGGUGUCGCUGGACCAGAUGGGCUUCCUGGCAGGGACGGCCAAGCAGGACAACAGGGGGAGCAGGGAGAUGAUGGAAUCCCUGGCCCCAUGGGCCCUGCUGGGAAGAGAGGAAAUCCAGGUGUGGCUGGCUUGCCUGGAGCACAGGGGCCCCCAGGAUUCAAGGGUGAAAGUGGGUUAACUGGGCAACUGGGUCCUCCUGGCAAGCGAGGGACAGAAGGUGGAAUGGGGCUUCCUGGGAACCAGGGGGAGCCUGGAUCCAAGGGCCAGCCGGGUGACUCUGGCCAGAUGGGCUUCCCAGGAAUAGCUGGUCUCUUCGGACCCAAGGGCCCCCCUGGAGACCUCGGCUUCAAAGGCAUCCAGGGCCCGCGGGGUCCUUCGGGCUUGACGGGAAAGGAAGGCAUCAAAGGGCCCCUCGGAAUCCUGGGACCUUCUGGACGCCCGGGUCCAAAGGGCGACAAAGGCAGCCGCGGGGACUUGGGAUUGCAAGGUCCGAGGGGUCCUCCCGGCCCCAGGGGGCGGCCCGGUCCACCGGGUCCUCCGGGAAGCUAUAUCCACUUUCAACAAGAUGACCUUGGGGCAGCUUUCCAGACAUGGAUGGACAGUAAUGGAGCACUGAGAGCAGAGGCUUACGGCCAUCCGGACCGGCUAGUGCUGGACCAGGGAGGGGAGAUCUUUAAAACCUUACACUACCUCAGCAACCUCAUCCAGAGCAUUAAGACGCCCCUGGGCACCAAAGAGAAUCCCGCCCGGGUUUGCCGGGACCUCAUGGACUGUGAGCAGAAGAUGGUGGAUGGUACCUACUGGGUGGAUCCAAACCUCGGCUGCUCGUCCGACACCAUCGAAGUCUCCUGCAACUUCACACAUGGUGGACAGACGUGUCUCAAGCCCAUCACGUCCUCGAAGGUCGAGUUUGCUGUCAGCAGGGUCCAGAUGAACUUCCUGCACCUGCUAAGUUCCCAGGUGACUCAGCACAUCACCAUCCACUGCCUUAACAUGACCGUGUGGCAGGAGGGCACUGGGCAGACCCCAGCCAAGAAGGCCGUGCGCUUCCGGGCCUGGAACGGACAGAUCUUUGAAGCUGGGGGUCAGUUCCGGCCCGAGGUACCCGUGGACGGCUGCAAGGUCCAGGAUGGCCGCUGGCAUCAGACGCUCUUCACCUUCCGGACCCAAGACCCCCAGCAGCUGCCCAUUGUCAGCGUGGACAACCUCCCUCCUGCCUCAUUAGGGAAGCAGUACCGCCUCGAAGUUGGACCUGCAUGCUUCCUCUGACCUCUGACCUCCUGGUUCCGCUAGGCCUCAUGGGGGAGGGGAGAGUUGGAGGAGGCACAGGAAGGGACUUAGUGGCAUGUGGGCCCCGGAGGGGCCUUGGGCAGGCCCCUGCUGUUGUCUGCCUGGUAGAAGUGGCUGGGGGGUAGCAGGGAAAGGGGUGUCCUUGGGAACAACUGAUUCCAGCUCAGCCCCAAAGACCAACAAAAGAGCCAGCUAGAGCAAGCUGGACCUGCAACCCACAGGAGCCCUGCAGCCUAUCUUCCAGCUCUGCGCCCACCCCCUUCCCACCCCAGCUUUCCGCCCAAAGAGCCUCACCUUCAAGCCGGCUGGAGGGAAGAGGGCAUCUUGUCCCUGGUCCCUGCCAGGGAGCUUUGAUGUGCAAUAUUAGAGAGGAGACAUGAAAAAAGGGAGAAAAGGAAAGAAAGAAGGAUAUAUAUUUUAUUUAAACAAACACAAAGAAGGUGGGUUACUAUUUUUUCACCUGGGUAAGAGGUGAGAGGGGUGAGUACGAGCAGCCAGGGGGUGGGAAGCGAUGGAUGCCAGGGGGAGCGGCAAGAUCCUCGGGGCUGGGGUGACCACGUUUGCUACCUCCCACUGUGAAAUCUCUGGUGCUCACAAUUUUCUCAUAGUGUAUGUGAUUUUUUUAAGGAAAAAAAAAAAACCCUAUUUAAAAUUCUGAAGGUGCUACCAUUUUUGCCACAGGCUUUGAAGAUACAUUUUGAUUUUGGGGUCUCAUCCACACUUUUCUCUCUCCUCCAAAUGGCCAAGUUUGGGGACAAUUUAAAAAAUUUUCCUAGGAUCUCUCUUGUAUUCAUCAGAUAAUCCCUUAAGGAGGGGAUGGAGAGGAAAAUGAGGAAAGAAGCAAGGCAAAAAAAAAAAUGUCUAGCAGAAACAGAAGUAAGCGAUUUGCCUUUUACCUUAGGGGGUUUGAAUUAUUUGUCCUCUUUCCUCUUAAGGUAAAGAGGGCAGGGGAGGGGGCUCUGAGCAUGAAGGAUUUUGACUUGACCUUUCACAUCCUAGAGGGGAUGUAGGCUUGUCCUGUAGGGUGUGAUCUAGAUCAUAAGGGUCCGGGAGAAGCCUUGACCUUGAAGAAAACCUAAGAGCUGUGUUGGGUCGGACUGACCUUGGAGGUGGAAUAUAAAUAUGGAACCAUCUCUUGAAGCUUGUCCUCCAAGCUUGUCUUCCCUAAUGCAAUUGUCAUUCUUUUUCUCUGUUGCUGGAUUCUAUAGAAACCAAACACCCUUAGCUCCAAGUAUAAAUGUAGGCUGAGGAGAAAGAGAUAUUGGGGGGCCCUCAGAGUUCAGCAUGAUUAGGGAUGUUCAGCUUAACCUGAAUUCUACUCUAUCAGUGAACCAGUUGGCACCCAGGUUGUAUUUUGAGGUUAUUUUAACUAUGGAAAUUGUAGAAGGGGAAAUUUUAUGUGAAAGUCUGUUUGUGUCUUUUUUUCUAAAGUUGUGUCUCUUUGGGAAUUGGCUUGAUUUUCAUUAUUUAAUACCUCACUCUGGCCCACCUUUCCUGCCUCCCUCCCUUCCUCCCUGGACUCUCCCCUACCCUGGCUCCCCUGCCCCAGUCCAACGGCCCCACAGAAGUGCAUUUUUGUAGCCCCUCUGGCCUCAUCUCUGUGCUGGGUUUUCCCAGGCUGCCAGUCUCCACCUGGCCUUCAUCUUGUUCUUGGAUUUUUCUGCUGUUCUUGUCCAUGUGUCUGUCCACAUGUCGAUGUGCUAAAACCCCAGCAGGUUCCGUUUCUCCUUGUCCCUUCUGGAUUUUAAAUAAAUAUUUAAAACUGAGGCAAUGGAAUGAUGUCUCUGUGACCUUGUGCUUCUUUGAAAAACCUGGAGGGAUGGUCCCUCAGGGGGAAAGUUGGUCUGAUUUUCAAGCAGUGCCUUCCCGUGUUAAGCUGUGGUGGGCCCUGGAGUUGUGGAAUUGGAUCUGUUAGUGUGGCUAGGAGGCCCUGAAUCUGGUGGAGGCAACUGAAGUGGGGGAGCCUGGUGUGGUUAAGGGGUGGAGAUCAGGCAGCAGGAGACCCAGCAGGGGUGGGGCAUGAGGGGACACAGUCAUACAAUCUCAGUGUGGAGAAUGGAGGCAGCCAGAGAUACUGCAUUCAUCAGGGUGUCCAGAGAGACAGACACACCAAUAGUGUGUGU